UUUAAACAUCGUUCUUAAAAAAUGGCUUUCUUUCAGAUUUAAACAACUAUGAGCCACUUAAAAGAAUUACUUUUAAUUCUCUUGGUCAUCGCCCUGCGAAACUGUGAAGCUAACCCCACUGCAGAUCAAACUGGAGAAGAUGGCUCCACUAACUUGCUUGGAAAAUCACCGUCUCCGCUAGACGAAUGCGACUCGGAAAUGAUUGGAUUCGAAUUAAUCACAGGCUACGUGUUCUCUUCGCCCAACAACGUCAUAGACUCCAUUCCAGGAACUUUGAUGCUAACUGACUGCCUGGAAACAUGUCAAGGCAACGAAAGUUGCCAGUCUGUGAAUUAUGAAACAGGACUUUGCGUUCUCUUCGAGUCCAAUGCUGAUCUUCUUCCCGGUAAGUUGCGUCUCGUGCCAAAUCAAAUUGUUUUCUGUUGAAAGAGCAUUCUUUAC